AAGCCUACAAUGGGUUGCCCCCGAGCGCUCACGGACUGUUGAGCGGCUCUUGGCGCUGACUUGCAUAUGAGCCAUGCUCUGGAGUCACCUUCACAAGUUAUCAUCCCUCGUUCUCCCCAUCUCCAUAAACACCAUCAUCUGUCUGGCUAAAACAGUCAUGAGCAAUUGGAUUGGAAGUUCAAAUUACUCCGUCCUUGUACAAUCCAACAUGACUCCUGAAAAACAAGACUGCCGAUAUGCACUUCACACAUUUUCGCGGAGUACUCCCGCGUUUUCACUAGACUGCUGUCACGGACCGGCCAUUCUACAUGCUAAAGAUUCGCACCGCGUCGGCGCUGUCUGCAAACUAGAAGACGGAUUCUCUUCCCGAGCGCUUCCAGUACGACUUGUGGUCAUACAUAUCACUCGCGUAGUGCUCGAGCAUUCUGCUCAUUCCAAAUACGCAACAAGAUCUCCCUUUACCUAA